AUGAUCACAAAUUACUCUUACCUUUUUUUAUUUGGUUUGGCUUUAUGCCUACCCUUUAUUUUCGGAAAAGUUCAGGAGAUACAAACACCCAUAGAGCUGCAGGAAUGUUUUUUCUAUAAAUCUUUAAAUACGAGCGUAGCUGAAGUUCCCGGAAAGUUAAUCGAAGAUUUCUGUCUCCGGAAAUACUCCCUUUCACAGUAUGAGGAAAAUACACAGAAGAACAUCAGUGCAGAGGGAGUCCGUUAUUUAGAAUCCCUUUACCGUCAGAUUGAUGCGGAGACACAACUGACCAGAAAAAAGCGUCAGACCACCGCUACAUGGCGUGUAAGAAGCGAGAUUAGAACACUAUCUGCAGCACAACGGAACAGGAUUUUCGGUUGCUUAAAUCGACUAAAAAGAGAUUUUACAAUCGAUCGGACAAGAAGUAUUUACGACUUAAUUGGGUCAUUGCACUCUGGACAAGCUGCCCAGCUGAUGCAUAAUGGGCCCGGAUUUCUUGGUAGACAUGCACUAUAUGUGCUAGCAUUGGAAACAGCUUGUCGAACACCUAUCCCAUACUGGGACUUCAUGAUGGACGGAGCAAUGAAUGAUCCGACUUCUUCAGCUAUUUGGUCAAAUACUUUCUUUGGAAAUGGAAAUGGGCCAGUAAGGACAGGUUUCUGUGGCAACUGGGUGACGCCCCAAAAUACUCCCAUCAUCAGAAAUGUUGGUGCAGGUGGUGUUCGAUUACCCAGACGAGAUGCCCUCAGAGCUCUUAUGAGCAGAACUAGGACAAGCGAAAUUACCGAACCGCAACCGGCAAUGAGUGUGUUUUCUAUUGAAGUUCACCAUAAUGCCGUUCAUAACCACAUAGAUGGUCAUUUUUCUGCCCUUGAUACCUCGACCUUUGAUCCUGUGUUCUGGUUCCUACAUUCAAUGUUCCAUUAUAUGUGGUACAUGUUUAAAAACAAUCAAAGAGCAAGAGGAGUUGACCCCCAACGUGAUUAUCCAAGAGGACCAAAUGUUCCCCAGGGUCAUGAAUUUUUCCAAAGAGUAAACUUUAUGCCUUUUGUACGACCAAUGACAAAUUUGGAGACAUUCUCUGAUAGAUAUGAUAGAAUCGUACGUUACACUCCAUUACCUAGAUGCCCAACGUGUGGAGGAAGCCAAUACUUAGUCUGCCUUCAAGGAGUAUGUGUAGCUCGAUCAAGAGGAACUGGAAAUAUUCCUGGUUUAGUCAGACGACCAACAGGUUUGCGACGCGUUAGAACUAUUGUUCGAGGCAAACGUAGUGCAAAUAUUGAUAAUAAUUCAGUUUUGUUACAGAGCCAUGCUGAAGCUCUUUCAGCGUUGGAUAGAUCUUACACGAACACACUCAUGAUUAAUGGUCAUUAUACUCCUAAAGAAUGGGUUUAUUUGAAUGUACGUGUAAUAUAUGAACGCCCAAAAAGUGAUGUUUUCAACUCAACAGUUGAUGGCCGUGAUAUGUAUGAUCCUUCAAGUUUUUACGAUGGCGGAAAAGAAUUAGGUAUCAAUAAUCGGGUUUUAUACAAACAAAGAUGUGAACCGUCGGGUUCUGGGGCCACAAAAGUCUUUGUUCAAUCCGAUGGUUUAAAUUAUCACGGAAGAUACAAAGAAUUCGCCAUUUUAGAUGAACGCCAAGCUGUAUCUUCUGCAAUUGUCCAAGUUGCUGUACGAAAACCGUCUGAUGAAAACAGUAACGCAUAUCUUUCUGCUUAUGAUAGUUGUGGCCGAGUUUGUCGACCAGUAUGUUCCGUACAAAAAGGGUCUUCGUCUGCGUACAAAGCUUGUUCAGGAAGUUUUAAGAUUACAAAUGAAUAUCCAUUGAUGUACAGGAAAAGUUAUGAGUCGGCCAUCAGUUCUCUUUGGCAUCUUAGUUUAGAUGGUAAAGGACCAUUGUUUACAAAUCAUUUCUCGGCUAUUACUUUUAUUUGUGACCACCAAAAUUUAUGGCCUUGGUCGAAAUACUAAUAGCUUACAUUUUGAUGUAUAUAAUAUGCUAUGUUAUUUAAGUUUAAUUGAAUCGUUUGUACUUUGGAUAUUCUACAUGUACCUUGAUAUCGGAGGUUUGGUUGAAUGACCUUUUUUUUUUACAUUUAUUUAUAUCGUUUGUACUUGAUGAAGUUGACCGUUUUAUUUAUUCUUUUGAUACGUUCAUAGUGUUUGUCCCAAAAUCAAAGCAUAUAUUUUCAUUACUUAAGCAUUUAUAAAAUGUAAUUCAAAUAAAGAUGUUUUUAAAUACAUAAAUGCUUUGGUAUUAUUUAACCUGUUGUACACAGAAAUGACUUGUUAUGAUUUACAAUUAAAAUAGUUUUGA